AUGUCAACAGCUGACGACAAUCUCGAGACAUUUAGUCUGAUCUGGCUUGAUGCAGUGGUAAACACAGCAAAAGAAAACAUUGGAGCUCAAUCAGAUCUUCGUGCAAUCAUUAAUUAUCUCAAAGUAUUUAACAAUGUUGAAAAGUGCGAAAAAUUCAUUCGAAAGUGUCACGAUGCUGAUCGAGUUGUGCUCAUCGUCAGUGGUGGUUUGGGACAACAAAUAGUGCCUCGGAUUUAUAAACUCCAACAAGUUCGUGCUAUCUAUGUCUACUGUAUGGACAAGAAGAAAAAUAAGAAAUGGGCUAGUCAAUAUACAAAAGUAAAGAAAAUUCGUGGUUAG